AUGCCUGAGAAGAUCAGCUUACCAGCUAAACUGAUAAAUGGUGGCAUCGCUGGUCUGGUGGGAGUCACCUGCGUCUUCCCAAUAGAUCUGGCCAAGACACGACUACAGAACCAACAAGGGCAAGGCAUCUAUCGUGGGAUGUUUGACUGCCUCAUAAAGACGGUUUCGCUCAGAAGGAUUCUUUGGAAUGUACAGAGGUGCGGCUGUAAAUCUAACACUUGUGACUCCAGAAAAGGCAAUCAAACUGGCAGCUAAUGACUUUUUUUUUCGAAACAUUCUUUCUCAAGAGGGAAAGGAACUGACGCUGUUCCGAGAAAUGUUGGCUGGGUGUGGGGCUGGGACCUGUCAAGUGGUGGUGACGUCCCCUAUGGAGAUGCUAAAAAUCCAGCUGCAAGACGCAGGACGCCUGGCAACACAGAGAGUCGUAGCUGGUGAUGGAAAGGCGACCAUCCCUCAGUCUGCCCAAAGGCCCUCAGCCUUACGGAUAUCGAGAGACCUUCUCCGUACCCAAGGCGUCUCUGGAGUGUACAAGGGUCUGGGGGCCACACUACUCAGAGACGUCCCAUUCUCCAUCAUCUAUUUUCCGCUCUUCGCCCAAUCUCAACAAAUUGGGGACAAAAAUCGUCCCAUGAAAAGGCGCCAUUUUACCAUUCUUUCAUUUCGGGAUGCAUUGCUGGAUCUGUGGCUGCCGUUGCAGUGACACCACUCGAUGUGCUAAAGACGCGGAUACAGACACUGAAAAAGGGAAUCGGUGAAGAUACGUAUCAUGGGAUUGUUGACUGCGCCAGGAAGAUCUGGAGGAAUGAGGGUCCAUCGGCAUUCAUGAAGGGAGCCUGGUGCAGAGCCCUGGUCAUCGCCCCUCUCUUUGGAAUAGCACAAGUUGUGUAUUUUAUUGGAAUAGGUGAAUUUAUUUUGGGAUAUUCCAAGUAA